AUGAAGAUCUCGGCGUUGACGCAGGCUCUUAGCCUGAUCGUGUCUCUCGGAGUUGCUGCUGAGGGUAAGGGACACUCACGAACAGACGCUUGCAAGCCGCACCACCCGUUCAAGCCACUUCCUUCCAGUCAAGCUAGAACCAAGACUUGCCACGUCGCUAGUCAUGGCCACGGGAAAGAUGAUGCUUCAAACAUUCUGUCUGCGUUGAAAAAGUGUAACAAUGGCGGCAAAGUCGUCUUCGACGCCGAUAAAACCUACACUGUCGGCACGGCGAUGGAUAUGACUUUCCUCAAACAUGUGGAUCUGGAAAUCCUGGGCACUAUCCAAUUUACGAACGACACCGAUUACUGGCAAGCCCACGCCUUUAAGCAAGUCUAUCAAAAUGCAACCACCUUCUUCCAGCUCGGUGGUGAAGAUGUCAACGUGUACGGUGGUGGUACCUUGGAUGGUAAUGGCCAGGUCUGGUAUGACCUCUAUGCUGAGGAUGCACUCAUUCUGCGUCCCGUUUUGGUUGGAAUCAUUGGGCUGCAUGGGGGCACCAUCGGUCCGUUGAAGCUUCGGUACUCGCCGCAGUGGUAUCAUUUCGUGGCAAAUUCGACGAAUGUGCUGUUUGAGGGAAUUGAUAUCAGCGGUUACAGUAAGAGCAAGAAUACGGCGAAGAACACGGAUGGCUGGGAUAUCUAUCGAUCAUCGAACAUUGUUAUUCAGGACUCGAUCAUUAACAACGGCGAUGACUGUGUCUCUUUCAAACCUAACAGCACCGAGAUUCUGGUCCAGAACCUUCACUGCAAUGGCUCGCACGGUAUCUCCGUUGGCUCUCUGGGCCAGUACAAAAACGAGGUUGACAUUGUUGAGAAUGUGCUCAUCUUCAACAUCUCCAUGUUCAAUGCCUCAGACGGUGCUCGCAUUAAGGUCUGGCCUGGCGUUACCUCUGCGCUCUCCACGGAUCUGCAGGGUGGAGGUGGCUCUGGUAGUGUGAAGAAUAUCACCUAUGACACAAUGACAAUCGACAACGUCGACUACGCUAUCGAAGUCACCCAGUGUUACGGACAAAACAAUCUCACUCUGUGCAAUGAGUACCCCAGCAGCCUCACUAUCUCGGAUGUACUCUUCACGAAUAUCAAGGGAACGACAUCUGGGAAGUACGACCCUGAUGUUGGAACAAUUGUUUGCUCGAGUCCCGAUGUCUGCGCGGAUAUCAAAGCGACAAAUAUCGAUGUGACGAGUCCAGAUGGGGAUGAUAACUUUGUUUGCACGAAUGUUGAUGACACCCUCUUGGAUGUCAACUGUGCGUCCUCGGAUUAA